GAGUUUCUGUGGCCAAGUGCAGGAUUGAACUCUGAUCUCCAAAGUCAUAGACCAAUGCUCAAACCUCUAUACCAUGCUGGCUGUUGAGAUUGUACUAGGUCCUUACAUUUUUGCCUCUCAUAACUUCACUAUCUCUCUGCGUCUUUCAUGGACAGAAUCAAUUCAGCCCUUGCGCCUCUAGAUCUUCUGUUCCUUGGACAACCGCAGCCAUGAGCUCCAUCUUUUCCCAUGUUUAUCUGGAUGUAUUGUAAAUAAAUAGUCUCAUUAGAACUUCCUUUGUAUAUACAUCUUACUUUCUGUUGUGUUUCCAAGAUGGUCACAUAAGGCCAUAUGCAAUGUUUUGUGCCUCUCUGCCUCUGGGCAUAAAUCAAAACAUGAUUGCUGUUGUCUGCCUUCUAGUGAUUUCCAACUUAUGGCAACUGCAAGGUGAACCUACCAUGGGGGCUUCUGGCGCUCAGAGUGGAGAUUUCCAGUGGGUUUCCAUGAGUGAGUGGAGAUUCAAACCCUAGUCUCCCAGAGUCCUUGUCCAACACUCAUACUACUACACCAUGCUGGAUCUCAUGUCAAAAUAUAUGGGAGAUACAGUAUAUAGUAAGGGAUUAUCACUGGGGGAGACUUUCUGGGAUUUCUUCUUUAAAUCUCUCUCUCUCUCUCUUUUACUGGUGUUCACUGUUUAUUUUUAUUUAUCCAGCACCUCCCAGUUAUCAACAAGUUUUUCCAGAGGAGCAGGUUAGCAGGGGACUGUGAAACCUCACUAAGCAGAUAUUGCUUGUGUUGGAUUCAUAACUGGAGGACUAAACAACUUGUUCUUUGCAAAUUGCUACCCAGAAUGAACUGAUCCUCUUAUUUCACCUCUCAGAUUUAUGGACAGGUUGGAACUUGGCUUUCUACCAGAUUUCUGAAUGUUGCAAAGAAAUCCCUAGCAUUUCAGUGUGUUCAAUUAAAUGUGUAUAAAAAUAAAGUAUACAUUUAAAGACUUAAUUUGAAAAGACCUGUUUUUGUUUUUAUUCCAUAGAUAAAUUCAGAAAUGGGCAGAAAGUAAAAAAUUAAGUGAAGUGGCACAGAGUAUGGGUUAAUAGCUUUGUAUGCUUCUGGCCAGGUAGCAACAAUCAAAUCAGGAUUGCACUCCGGAGUUUCUCAUUGUGGACCUCUUAGCAGCUCUGAGUCUCAUAUAGAAGACAGUGUUAGUAUCAGGCUGCCAAUCUCCUGUACACAACUAAGAGGCAGAGCCUACAAAUAAUUUCUUUAGUCCAAACUUAACUUCCCAGAAAUAACUUCAUCAUAUUGGCUUGAAGGUAUGAGAGUUCCCUUCGGAACAAGCAUGGGGCUGUCCUUCAUUGAAGCACUUCUCAUUCACUUCAAUAAGCAUGGCAAUUCUGUGCCUACAAAAUGAUGAGAGAAGCUUCCCUUCUAUUGAAAUAAAUGGGAAAGACCCAUCAAGUUAAUACCUGUGUAUGUCCACAGGAUGCACUGACCUGGGAGUGACUUCAGCUCUAUGGAAUUUGCUUACCAGCUAUAUUUUCAGACAGCAGUCGGAAAGCAGGUUGGGAUCACAAUAUUGAAACAGUUAAAGUGCCAGAAUUUUCAAAGAUAAGGAUCCAAAGCUGUUGUUCAUGUCCUAAACUGACCCAGUUCUAAAAGAUGUGAUGGAACUUAGUUUUGGUUCCUUCUGCUGUUUCAGUUUAUAAUUGUUUGUAUCAGCAUAAUACCUUUUUUUUUUUUUUGGUCAUCUUGAAUGAUUUCUAAAAAACUUCAAAGAAAUUAAAUGGAGAGAGCUUGCUUUGCAGGGACUUGGCUGCUGUAUCUGCCUUGCACCUGGAGUAUAGCCCUUGCAGCAGAACCAGGAUGUUUGCCAGCCUGGGACAUGCUAUUACUGUUUGGCACUGGCGCGCUACUGAUGCGUGGAGCAGGCUGUACUAUUAACGACAUGUGGGAUAUGGACUAUGACAAAAAGGUUGUGAGAACUGCAAGUCGCCCACUAGCAGCUGGAGAGAUUUCAACUUUUCGUUCCCUUCUUUUUCUUGGAGGACAGCUUAGUUUGGCUUUAUGUGUCCUAUUAUGUUUGAAUUAUUACAGUAUUGUUUUAGGAGCUGCCUCUUUAUCUCUUGUGGUGACUUACCCACUUAUGAAGAGAAUAACAUACUGGCCACAGCUGUUCUUGGGCCUUGCCUUCAACUGGGGAGCCUUACUUGGCUGGUCUGCUGUGCAAGGCUCUUGCAACUGGUCUGUUUGCUUGCCAUUGUAUUUCUCAGGGGUUUUAUGGACACUGAUGUACGACACUAUUUAUGCUCACCAGGACAGAAGAGAUGAUCUUGCCAUAGGUGUGAAAUCAACAGCUCUCCGGUUCCGGGAAAACACCAAACAAUGGCUUAGCGGAUUCAGCACCAUGAUGAUUUUGGGGCUCACUGUGACAGGAAUGAAUUGUGAUCAGACUUUGCCAUACUAUGCAGCUGUGACUGCUGUAGGGAUCCACUUGGCUCGACAGAUAUACACUUUGGACAUUCAUAGUCCUGAAGAUUGCUGGAAAAAGUUUUCUUCUAACCGUACAGUAGGACUGUUACUCUUCACAGGGAUUGUAUUUGGAAACUUAUGGAAAAAGAAAAAUGCAGAAGAAUUGAGAAAACCCUUAGAGAGCACUUCAAAAGAAAUUAAUGCUGUUUUACAGAUAGAAAAUGAAGAUGAGUAAAAAAAGAAGAAGAUGAGUUUAAAGAAUCUGCUUAAUUUAUGAGCUUUCUUUAUAUUUAAUAUGUAUGGGCAAAGUGAACAUGUUGAGAAGCACUGUAUUUAUUUAUUGUCAUUGGGAAUAUAUCGGCUUUUUGAAAACAUCCUGCUGAAAUGUUGGUGGGGUGAAGUUUGAGGUCUGUGCUGUAAACACUGUAAAAUUAUAGUGGGUGUGAGAAAUGUCUGUUCAUAAGACAACUAUGAAAAAUUAUUUUUGUAAUACUGUGACUCAGAAGCUAUUUUGUAUGUAAUAAUUAUGUGUUGACUUAUUUAGAACUAUAAAAUAUAAAAUGACUUUAA